CAACCUUAGUGUAUGUAAACUUCCGACUUCAACUGUAGGCUAGACCUACACAGUCAAUCAACUAAGGAACCAUGGAUGGCACAUGUAUUUUGGGACAACAUUAAACUUUGAAUCAACUCUCUCCCCGGCAACUGUCCAUCCUUGAGGACUUCUCUUCUUGCUGCUGUUGCUCCGUCCAGCUUCGAGUGCCUCGAGCGCUAUUGGCCAAGUCAGAGAGGGGGGAGACAGACGAGGGAAAUUCCUUCGUGGUGCUCAAAUUUCGCCAAUCUAAUUUUCCUAUCCUCCUUUGUCUCGGUCUGAACACUGACGUCUCUCCUCUGCCUUUGAGUCAUCACCCGCUAACAUGAUGUUUCGAAGUUCCCUUUUAUGUCUACUAGUCGCCGUCGUUUGGUGUCAUGCCGAGGAGGGGAAAAGCAAGUCCAAGGUGUGUGCCAAUGUAUUCUGUGGGGCUGGCAGGGAGUGUGCUGUGACAGAGAAAGGGGAACCUUCCUGUCUGUGCAUCGAGCAAUGCAAACCUCACAAGCGCUCUGUGUGUGGCAGUAACGGUAAGACGUACCGCAACCACUGUGAGCUCCACCGCGACGCCUGCCUGACCGGCCUCAAGAUCCAGGUGUACCACGACGGACACUGUGAAGAGAAAAAGACAGACAAAGCUGUUGCUGCUAGCCCAAUCGUGUGCUACCUGGCCAACAGGAACGAGUUGCGCAGCCGGGUCAUCCGGUGGCUGCAGAAUGAGGUGGUCCCUGACGGCUGGUUCGCCAAGGGCUCCAACUUCUCCGACACUCUGCUCAAGUACUUCAAGGACUAUGACAAUGGAGACUCCCAGCUGGAUUCCACUGAGUUCCUUAAGUUCCUCCAGCACAACGAAACAGCCAUCAACAUUACCUCAUAUGCUGACGAGGAGAACAACCGCCUGCUCAGGAGCCUGUGUGUGGAUGCCCUCAUCGAGCUCUCAGAUGAGAACACGGACUGGAAGUUGAGCUUCGAUGAGUUCCUAAACUGCUUCAAGCCUGGCUUCAACCCACCAGAGAGAAAGUGUGCCCUGGAGGAUGAGACCUAUGAGGACGGGGCAGAGACUCAGGUGGAAUGUAACCGCUGUGUCUGUGCCUGUGGGAACUGGGUCUGCACAGCUGUGACCUGCGAAGGCACAGAUAAGGUGCCUGCUGUGGAGAAGACUGAAGGUGCUGACCAGGAGAUGACAGAGGAGGAGUGGACACGGAGAGUGGCUGAGCUCAACAAACAUCAGGAAACUGUGGAGAAGAUGAAAGUGAGCACUAAGGACAUUUAAGAGAGAGAGAGAGAGAGAGAGAGAGCCCUCCUUCAGUCCCACCAUCAACAAUCACUAUCUGGCUGAGGCUUUGGAGCUUGUAUUGUUGCUAAAGAAAUGCAUCACUUGUUUUUAGUUUUUAUAUUUUACAAUGUGAAUUAUUAAGAUUUUUUUCUAAACUGUACCAAUGUCUAUUAUAAUAUUAUUGUGUAUAGGGGAGACUAGUUGAAUUGUGUGUACCUACAAACACAGUACUGUUAUCCUAUUUGAGUAACACUCCCAAGCCUUGGUACGAAUCCCCAUCACCUAGUGGUGGGUUAAUAUUUGUAUUCAUUUUAGUUCAUUUGUUGUUUUCAUUGUUGUUUCUGUCAGUCAAAUUAGCUCAUCUGUAGAGAAGAGAAGAGUGUGGGAAUGGGAGCUAUAAAGAAAGCACAGUUGUAAAGAACUACUUUUCGCAGAAAAUGACUUCACAGUUGCCACGACACACACCAACCACAUCACAGAGGACAAGCGAUUCGGCGAGAAAGCCUUAUCAGAUGCAUUGACCUUACAGGGUGCUAUUCCAGACACCUGAGUAUUUUACAGGGCCAGUAAAUCACAUGAAAGAUGAACACAUGGCUGAGUUGUAAAUGUACCUGAAUACCAUUGUAAAUCCAUCAACAGUGUGAUUACACUUUCCUGGCAGUGUUACUACUCAUAUCAUAUCUGUGAUAUAUACAGUAAAACCCACUGACCCAUAACAUCUGAUGGUGCCAGGGUUCAAUCUGUUAGGAAACGGAAAAUGAAGAGUGUCCGCACUCAGUCUUAGACAAGAACAUUUAUUCCAUCUCUAUUUUCUUGUCUAUGCACCAACAAUAUGACAAGAAUCUAUGAUUAGAUGUGUGCAGGGUUUCCUGCUUUUUCAAGGUAAAGUGAUGAUGCUAGGGUUCAAUCUGUAAGCUACAUGUCUACACUGAUGAGGUAAUGCUGUCCAUCAAUUUACAAAUGGCUGUUCUAUCAUAGGGUUGUAGAGUUAUUACACCAUAAAAUGAAUCUAAUGCCAAAACACUAGCCUGGAUACUUUUUCGGAUUGUGAAGUGAAACUGAAGAAUUCAGUAUGGAUCCAGGCUACCAAAACACACAGAUUGUGUUUGUUUGAGUUACUGUAGUGACAGUACUGUAUUGCUAGGAGAGUUUGUGAUAACGCCUGUGUCUGCUCAAACCCAGCAAUAAAGAUGAUCAAUUGUAGAAUGUUCAGGGGGAAAUAUUUCAAGGAUGCUGCAGAUAUGGACUAACUAAUAGUACUAAAAGUACUUGAUAACACAAGAACUCCAGUGCUAUGGGUCCCUCCUACUAGUUUGAAAUACACAAUUGUCUGGUCCGUCUGAGACAUACAUAAUCUGUGCAUGCUUUGCCAACAGUACUGCAAUCCGUUUCUUUUGGAAGCUGACGCAUGUUGGUCUCUCAGGAUAUAGGUGCUUUGAUUGGAUGACUUUGUUAGGCACAAGGAUUGGGAAAAACUGCCAAAACAACCUCUAAAAAACAUUUUAGAUUACUUAAACCAAAGUUCAAAUGCAAGAUACCUGAAGUACAGUAUGUGUAGUAACUUUUAGAAAGUAGGUUCACGGCCUAGACUCGAGCUUUCCUUUCUUUGUUCAGAGCUGUAUGUCCUGCAUGUCAAUAUUUGAAUGUGGUGGAUCUCACUUCAAUGUCUUUAUAAUGUGUGGUAUUCAGUGCCUUAAAUUUUCACUAAGACCUAUGGGACAUCCUGCUGUCGUUCUCUUAGAGCAAUGGCUGACACUAUGAAACCAUGCCAAAUGGAUGGUCUAAUUGAAGUUAAAAGCCUGUGUUUCUUUUGUUUGUAAUGAUUUAUUGUCUCACUUUUAGAAUAAUACCAGCUCACGUUGUUUGCUGUUACAGUAGACUUUUAAUAAAACAUUUAUUCCCUGUUGAUUAUUAACACUACUGUACCGUCAAAAAGGUAUGCAAGCUUUAUACAUGUCAAUAAAUACAUUUCAUAGACGUAA